ACUACUGCACAGUGGUUUUGUAAUGCAUGCAGAUACUGGUGAGGCAAAUAGACUAUAAGUCUAGCAAUGCAUGCUGGUUCUACAGCAUUAUAUCGCACUGUAAGAAUAGUUGCAGCGGCGUUCCGCUUACUGCCUAUAAGUCGCCAUUGUUUCUUAAAGUGAGCAAAUGAGUAAACGAACAAAGAGACUAAAAUCAAUGUACAAUAGUGAAUAUUGUAUUUCCUUAUCAAUAAAAACUAAUCAAAAAUUAGGAAUAAUAAAUAGCAUGUUCUAUGCUUUAAAUUUUAUGUUAUUUUCUUAUUUAUUUAUGUAGAAUUAAAAAAUCGACAAAAGAAUUUAGAAAUCGCAUUUUGAAAAAAAAUGCAUUCAAUAUUUAUUUCUUAAUUGUGAUGCUUAAUAUAAUAGUGAUGCUUUUAUAAUUUUUGCAGUGAUAAUAGUGAUGCUAAGUGUUGUGUUCUUCCAUGCUAGAAUCAGUGAAAGAAAAAUCUUAAUAGACAAUCCAAUUGUAUUUAAUGCGUUUCUUUGAUUGCUGAUUAAUUAAAUUAAUUAUCGCGGGAAAAACUUUUACAAUUAAAAAAAUCAAAUUUCUUGUGGUCAUUCAUUAUUUUUUUUUUUUAAAAAUUAUUGUUUACAUAGUGAUAAAGAUUUCGUAAUUAUUAUUUAUUAUUGUUAUAUUAUAAUCUGCUUGAACGAAAUUCGAACAAUUUUUUUUAUAUCUAAAAAUUGAAUUUUCAUUUUGUGGAACAUUAUGUGAUACUCUCUAGACCUUGCUAUUUGCUUCCUCCAUCAUUUUCGCGUUUGUGAUGAUCAAUAUAAAAAGAAUGCAAGAAUUUUUUUUAUAUCAAGAAAAACGUUUUUGUUAUAUGACAACAAUGUUAAUAUUGUUGCUAUUAUAUCUAAGUGAUGUACAUCUUGCAAAUGGCUCAUGCGAGUUUCCCAUUGCAUGGACUGGAGAAUGGUAUCAAUAUGGAAAACCAGUAUCAAUUACUGUAAAUACAACAUUUCUGGGUGAAAGGAUGUGUGUAGAACGGUCAGAACAUUCUUAUAUUGUAUACGGUGAUAAUUGCUAUUAUUGUAUAAUUGUUAAUGAUCGACAUGAGAAUGUGAUUCAAUUUCGUGAAGGAUGGUGCAAUGCUGAACAAACCACUUUGGAUGAUAUGUGUUCAAAUACAAUUAAAUCCGAUGAUACUUUAUAUUCAAUGUUUCGUGUUAAUUCCAAACCAAUACCCUGCCCUUUUAGUGGACCAUCAUUUACAUUUACCUAUGAUAAAGGUUUUGGUGAAUGUGCAAUGCCUAUUAGUCUUGGAGAGAAAUGCACUGAUGAAAGUAAAUUGCUUCUCAAAUAUCAGGCUUGUCCAGAUAUUGAACGAAGUGAAAGUAACACGGAAGAAUUACAAUGUCUUGCUGUAUGGAACGAUGGUCGUAAUAAAUAUCUUGUUGGAACAUUGAAAGGAAGAAGUAUAUCGGGUGCCGAAAAAACAUAUAGAUGUUUUCUGUAUGAAGAGAAAACGCAUCAUCAGGGAAAAGUAGUUUAUUUACUCGCUCAAUCAGGCGAGCCAACUUGUAACGGCUUAACUACUGUUUCUGAAGGAUCACCAACUAUAAAACUUACAAAAGUUGAUAAAGAGCACAACAGAUGUAAAUAUCCUUCGUGGAUUACUGAACAUCAUGACUGGCGUUCUUUGGAUGGUUCUAAAAUUUAUCAUUUCACAAAUAAAAAUGCAACACUUAAAAUUAAAAUACAAAAAGUCGAUGGAGAUAUGUUUCAUGAAGAAAAGAUUGUCUGUCAUAAUUUAGAAAAAUUAUAUCCAACAGAAAAUUCACAAGGAUAUAAAGUAAAGUUAAUCGCUCAUGUUACUAGUGGAUGUGAUAUUGGUUAUGUUUGUAUGAUAUUUCACAAAAGAGAUCAUCACAUUAUAGAAUUACAACAAUCAAAUCAAAAAGCUAUAAUGCCAGAUGAAGCAUGUUCUCUUAUAGAUAUAUCUACAAUGCCAUAUACCACUUUAAUAAGUUCUUCAUUACGUCAAAGAAAAUGUCCUAAUCCUGGACGAUACAUUGUACUUGGACCAUUUGAUAUAUCUACUUCGUUUCACCAACAACAUCAUAAUGAAAGACAUUCUAAAAUUAUUAAAAGAACUUGGCAUGAAGAAUUACCUCAAAAAGAAUUACACGAACAAUAUCAACAAAUUCAUCAUCAUCAUCAUCAUCAUCAUCAUCAUCAUCAUCAUCAUCAUCAACAACAACAACAAUAUGAAGGAGAACAACAUCAACAACAAAAAGGAGAUUGUAAGAGUACCAAUGUUCAAAUAGGUUGUGUCUCAUCAAAUCAGACAGAAAUUGUUAUUGGAAAAACAUGUGAUACUGAAGAAACAACAUAUUAUUGUCAUGGCAGUUGGAAAGAAAAAGAUACUUGGUAUACAAUAGUGUCACUAAAAACCAAUCAAGCUUCUUUAAGUUUCGGACAAACUUUUUGUUUCUCUAUGCGAUUUACUAAUAAUAUAGAAAAAACAUCCAUGACUGCAAAAGCGGCUAAAACAAAAGUCUCUGAACAAAAACUUUGGUUAACUAAAUUAGAUCGCAUUUGUCGCAGAGAACAAGUUGAAGAUGAACGGUCUUAUACACUUAUUAAUCAAGGCAUUUGCGAAGACGUGGAAAAAGUGUAUUCUAGUUUAGCAUCACUUUUUUCUAAUUCUAGAAUCUUAUAUAUUGCAGUUAUAGGAAAUUAUGCCGCAUACAUAUUUUUAAUAAGAUGAUAUGCCACUUCCACAUGAAUUGAAUAUUUUUAAUAGAAUUUCUUUUUUUAUUUUAUUAUUAUUAUAAUUUUUCUUCUUCUUCUUCUUCUUCUUCUUCUUAUUAUUAUUAUUAUUAUUAUCAUUAAUAUUGAUAUUAUUAUUAUUAUUAUUAUUAUUAUUAAGUAUUAAGCAUGUGGAUUCAACUAAACACAGAAAACGAUCAACAAACCUCUACGAUUUUUUAAUUUCUAUAAGAAUUAUUUUAAAUUUUUGUAAGAAUCAAGAAUGAAUAAUUUAAUUUAAUUGAUUA